AUGAAGACCAAUGUCAGCGCCCUUCCACGGGAACUCGUCUUCCAUAUUGCGGACCAUUGUGACGUCAAAACCACUACGAACCUUUCAGCAAGCUGUAAAGACAUGCACUCCAUGCUGGAGGAGACCGCCAAGAGAAAGGCAAGCGUAUACAAGAAAUUCCUGCCAUCAGAUGAAGUAUACAAGGAAUAUGGCUUCAAAGACCCCAAGGGUUACUACAUGAGAGACAACGGAGAAAUUUAUGGCGAAAAUGGCGAAGUCUUCCAACAAUAUGAGCACGUCACCCCGGAAGACAAAGAGCCCUUCGCACAAGCUGUUCGAAGCGGCGACGUGCAAAAGGCGCACUACUUUCUGCGUUUAGGAGUCGAUCCCAACUCAUCCUGCCUGGGCGGAGCACGCAUGCUGAAUCUUGCCGUCCACUCUCGGUCUACCGACAUGAUCCAGCUCUUUGUCACCUAUGGAGCUGAGCUCGAUGCAAUUGACUACAUUACCGGCCAGCUGGUAUGGACUGAUCACCCUGCCUGGGAGGACGACAAUGGAUGGGCACUGUUGCAUCAUGUGGCCGUACGCGGGGAUCUGGAGAUGUUCAAGCUUUUCAUACCGUACCUCUCGCAAAGCAUGAGAAGUGCUAGUACUACUUAUGACGAGACGCCGUUGCAUUUGGCCGUUGAAAAAGGCAAAUACGAACUUGCUUUGGCAUUCAUGUCAACUGGCUCUGAUGUCAACGCUCGGGGUUUGGAUGGUUAUAGUCCACUUGACCGCGCACUAUUCAGUGGGUAUUGGGACAUUGGACGCAUGAUUAUUGAGUCGUGGGGGACCAAGCUUGGUAUUGAGGAUGCGAAUGGAUGUACUGACAUCCAUACUGCGAACAUUAGGAGAGGAAACUGCUCUGAGACUCCGCUCUCUAUUGCCAUUGAAAUGAAGCGUCUUGAUAUUGUUAAGGUGCUCUGUGAGGAGGCUAUCAAUGACCAUCCAUUUAUGAACGACGAGGAUGAAGAUGAUGAACAGGUUGCUUCUAUUGAACAAGCUCGAGAACUGGGGGAACAUGCGAUAGCAGAUUACCUGGCGUCUAUCCCCAAAUCGGGCUAUGAAAAUUACGUUCAACUACCGAACAGAGUCUGA